AAAGAGAGCGAGAGAGAAAGGCGACGCCAAAACCCUAAACUCAGUACACAGAGGGUUUGAAGAAAAGUAGCCCCAUUGAGUUUUGAGCUUUUGGUCUUCAAUGGCGUUGUAUGUUCUAUACGAGUCUGCAUCCGGAUACGGCCUAUUUUUGGCCCACGGUAUAGAUGAAAUUGGACAAAACACAGAGGCUGUUCGUAACUCAAUAGUUGAUCUCAAUCGCUUUGGAAAGGUUGUAAAGCUUGCUGCUUUUAAUCCCUUUGAAUCAGCUCUCGAUGCUCUCAAUCAGUGCAAUGCCGUCUCAGAAGGCCAAAUGACUGAUGAGUUGAGGAACUUUUUGGAGCUUAGCCUUCCUAAGGUCAAGGAAGGUAAGAAGCCUAAGUUCAGCCUGGGAGUAGCUGAUCCCAAAAUUGGGUCGCACAUAUAUGAAGAAACUAAGAUCCCUUGCCAGAGUAAUGAGUUUAUUCUGGAGCUUGUUCGAGGUGUUCGUUUGCAUUUCGAUAGGUUCAUUGAAAAUCUCAAGCCUGGUGAUUUGGAGAAAGCUCAACUUGGUCUGGGCCACAGUUAUAGUAGGGCAAAGGUGAAGUUCAAUGUUAAUCGUGUUGACAAUAUGGUCAUUCAAGCGAUCUUCCUUCUUGAUACCCUCGAUAAGGAUGUAAAUUCAUUUUCCAUGAGAGUCAGGGAAUGGUACUCAUGGCAUUUCCCCGAGCUAGUAAAGAUUGUUAAUGACAACUAUCUUUAUGCUAAACUUGCAAAAUAUAUAGAGGACAAGUCAGAGUUGUCUGAAGAUAAGUUACAAGACUUGAUUGAUAUUCUUGGUGAUGAAGAUAAAGCAAAGGAAGUGAUAGAAGCUGCUAAAGCAUCCAUGGGCCAGGACUUGUCACCAGUUGACUUAAUUAACGUCAAGAUGUUUGCACAGCGGGUGUUGGAUCUUGCUGACUACAGGAAGAAGCUGUACGAUUAUCUUGUUUCUAAAAUGAGCGAUAUAGCACCUAACUUGGCUGCAUUAAUCGGUGAAGUUGUAGGAGCUCGUUUGAUAUCUCAUGCUGGAAGCCUCACAAAUCUUGCCAAGUGCCCUUCUUCUACUCUUCAAAUCCUUGGUGCCGAGAAGGCACUGUUCAGGGCUUUGAAAACCAAAGGGAACACACCAAAAUAUGGUCUUAUUUUUCAUUCAUCCUUUAUUGGGCGUGCAUCUGCCAAAAACAAAGGUCGAAUGGCUCGUUAUCUAGCUAACAAGUGUUCGAUUGCUUCUAGAAUUGAUUGCUUCUCAGAAAGCAGCACCACUUCUUUUGGAGAUAAGCUGCGUGAGCAAGUGGAGGAGCGUCUUGACUUUUAUGACAAGGGGGUUGCACCACGUAAAAACAUUGAGGUGAUGAAAGCCGCUAUGGAGAAUGCUGCAAAUCAAGGUGCAGAAAUGGAUGUGGAUAAAGAUUCUGAACCCUCAUCAAAGAAAAGCAAGAAAAAGAAGUCGAAAGACAAUGAUGAAGCAAAAACAGACGACAAAGAGAACACAGCUACAAAUGGAGAUGCUGCUGAACCUAAAUCCGGAAAGAAGAAAAAGAAGAGAGCCCUUGAAGAGGAGGCCAAUGAGAACGUCAAAGAAAAUGGCGCAAACGGAACAACAGAAAAGAAGAAGAAAAAGAAGAGCAAAGAUGUGGAAAUGGAGGAUGUACCUGCUGUUAGUGAAGGCAAGAAAAAGAAGAAAAAGUCAGCAGAGUGAAGAAGAAGAAGAAGAAGAGAGUUCUGCAAUACGGGUAAGUCGGCAACCUCUGUAUCAUGAUCGUCAUCUUUUCUUGCUAUAUCGUGGUGUUGUUGCCUACUGCUUGAAUUAUGAUUAUCGAAAACACAAGAUUUGGAAAUCGGAAGUUAGUUAGGUUAAGUUCAUGCCAAAGUUUUGUUGUAGAUUCGUUUGAAUUUAUUCGUGUUUAGUACGGUCGGUCGUAAUAGAUGCCCAACACAGUCUUUCAUCUUGCAAA